UAAAACCGAAAGAAUUAAAAUCACACAAUCAGUCGGUUUUUAAAUCGAAACGGAGACGAGCAAUCUGCGAAACGUUCUUGCGGCUUUGAAAUUUCAUAUAUUCGAAGUAAUUAAAAUUUUAAACGCUCGUAAAUAAGAAAAGUAAUUAAUUAAACAACAAAUGCAUUCAAGCUGGUUUUGUCUCACACUGCUUCUGGUUGCCAUCCACGACAGCGAGAGCGCUUACGGUCGCGGCAAUCAAUGGAGUCAAAACAAUCAUCGCCCCAGCGCCCCGAAAUAUAAGGAGUUGACGAAAGUUUACGAGGCGAAAAAUUUGGAGUUUGCAUUCCCCAGUGAAGAUGACAGGCAAAAAGCUUUGGAUAAAGGUUUCUACAAUCCCGACAAUCCGCUGCCCAUAGAUGUGGAUGUCUACUAUCCAAAAAGUGGCAAGGAGCCGAAGAUAUUCGUGACAAUACCACGCUUCGGUCAAGGUGUGCCAUACUCGCUGGCCUAUCUAACGAAUGAGGUGCGUCCGAAUGGCACGGAACUGCAGCCCUAUCCAAGCUAUGACUGGCAUAAAUCUCACGGCGAUGACUGUGAUGGGCUUACCUCGGUUUAUCGGAUACAGAUCGAUUCGUGUGGCAAAAUGUGGGUAUUGGACAGUGGUGAAAUUGAAUUCAAGCAACACUGCGCCCCACAAUUGGUAGUCUUCGAUAUAGCGACCUCCGAAGUGGUGCAUCGCUAUCGUUUUCCCAAAGGCAUGUACAAGCCAACAAUAAGUCGCUUUGUUACACCAUAUGUAGACAUAGCCGACCCUGCACCGAAGGGUUCAUGCAAGGAAGCCUUCGUCUAUAUGGCUGAUCCCACCGGCACGGGUUUUGUGGUCUACGACGUGCAGCAUGAACGUUCAUGGCGUGUGGAAAACAAAUAUACAUAUCCCGAUCCAGACUUUGGUACGCACACCAUAGCCGGUGAGAGCUUUGAACUCGUAGAUGGUUCAUUCGGUUUUGCCGUUACACCUAGAGGUUUGGGUUUGCGUCGCAUGUUAUACCUGCAUUCGCUGUCGAAUGAUGCACAAGUAGCCAUACCACUGGAUAUUGUGAACGAUCCCACCUACUGGGGUAACGGUAUCAAUUCAGCUUUGCAGCAUUUUGUGCUGUUAGGCAAACGUGGCGUACAAUGUGCGGCACCAGCUAUGACUGCGAAAGGCAUGUUUCUGUGUGGACAUCUAGAGCCGAUUGGACUUUUCGGCUGGGAUAUACGUACACCAUACACAUUUCAAAAUCGCUUGCUGUUGGCUGAGAAUCCCACCACACUACAAUUUAUUAGCGGUUUGAAAGUGAUAAGAAAUUCAGAGGGCAAAGAAGAGGUUUGGAUGCUGUCAAAUAGGCUACAGAAGGGCUUCUCCGGCACCAUGAACUACAAUGAGAUUAAUUACCGCAUUUCCAAAUGUGGCGUCGAAGAGUUAGUGUUCGGUAGACCUUGCUAGUCGGCGAUGAGCUCUAAUCAAGUCAGUUUAGUACCUUGAGAAUAUUGUGUGUACAAUAUUACUUGUAAUAAUAAUUUGAUUAAUAAAUUUGAAACAUUUUUAUGUUAAAAAAA